CUUCCAUCACCACCCACACUUUUCUGUUUGCUUUUUUUCCUCCAUAAGACAGGGACUCAUUGUGUAGCCCUGACUGCACUGGAACUACUAAGUAAACUUGAACUCAAAUGAGAUCGCCUGCCUCUGUCUGCCUCAAAUGCUGGGAUUAAGGAGUAUACCAUUCACACCCAUAAAACAUACUCAUCUUGCAUCAUUUUUAGAACUGUUAACUGUAUCUCAGAGCAUGAGUGAAUUAUAACACCUCUUCUGUACAUACAAAUUGUUAUACAUGCCUUUAUUACUCUGUAACAUUACUAGGGACAUCACUGUGCAUAACUUUGUCAGGGUCCUAGGUUUGAUUCCUCAGAAUACAUAGCUGUGGAGUUAAGGUGUAAUUCCUUCAAAACAUAAUUUUGUUAUGAAUGUAAUUUGUGUUUAUUAUAGGAAAUGUAAUUUUAAAAAUGUAAAGAGCCAGGAAUGGUGAACUACAGCUGUAAUCCCAAAACUCCAUAAACUGAUGCAAGAGGAUCACAGAUCUCAAGCCAGCCUAGGCACACACAAGACACUGACUUAACAAAAGUAUAAAGAAAGGAAAAAUUUGUCCUACAAUGUAAAUAAGAUGGUGGUGAAUAUUUUGGUGUCUUUCUCUAUGUUGUUUGUUUUUUAUUGAAUUGCCAUAUAAUCAAUUUUAUACUUUAUAAUCUGUCAAGCUAUAUCCUUUAUUAUUUAACAACUAAAUAGUUCCUCUUUUAAAAAAUUCUUUUACCUCUUAACAGUUAUUUGCCAUGUGAUUGGUUCUGCUAGGCACUGAGAAUAGUGGCCAAACAGGUUGGUUUUGGUUGUUGUUGUUAUGGUUGUUGCUUGCUUUGUUUUGUUUUGUUUUGCCUCUGUACAGUUCAUUAGAAACAAUUUUGAAAUAACCAUAUGAGGAGAGAUGUACAGGCUCAGUAAACAUCUCAUAACAGGAAGACUUAAGAUGGAUUCCCCCAGGAAAUGAGAGUACUUGGACACUUGGCAGACAGGAAACCUUACUGACUAGGGUUUAAAAGAAUGUGGCUGGAUAGAGAGGGAUAUAUCGUGAGAUGAGGAAGACUGGGCAGUUUCUCAUGCCCCAAAACAUCUACAGGAAAGGAGGAAUCAGGCCUGGAACACUUAUUAAUGUUAACACCGUCUGUUUCCACACUAGUCCAUUCUCGGUCUCAUAGACUGUCAGUGGGGACUUGCUGGGUAGUCUCAAUUCAGUGUAUAAGUGCUAAUUCAACAUAUAAGCAAGUAGCACUCUGGGGCUGUUUUGCACUUUGUUUCCUUGGGGAUGGCAGAGCCCUCAGGGACAGCCUUUACUUCAAGGGGAAAUGAUCAUUGUAGUUAUACCCCUUUUAAAUAUGCAUCAUCUUAGAAGUGGUUUGUUUUUUGUUUUGUUUUUUGUAAUGUGGAAAUACACCUGUGUACACAGGCCCAGUGACACAGUGCGUUCUAGAGACCUGGUGUUUAUAAGCAUAAACAACAGAGCUAAAUGUAGCCACAGCCAUGAAGCAGGCAAAUGUAUUUUCAUGUGUUAUUUUCUCAUAAAAUUCCUUGCCAGUCCCAAGAUGGGCUGUUAUUUCCUUUCACAGAUGAGGAAAUGGAGGCUUAAGUAAGUUCCUUAAAGUCACGAGGCAACUGAGUUAAGAGUUCAUACCUCAGGAAGAAGAUCUUUGUUCUGCACUGCCUUACUGGUUCCUGCUAGCACGCUUCCAGUGCCUUCCUCCCUCUUCAGCCUUCACUCCUCCAUCUGAGCUGUCUCCUCUCUUUGCCCCUACCCCACUACUAUUCAUCUUGCUAGGCAGUGCCUGAAACAUGGAAAAGAUCAUUUGAUGUGUCCAUCAGAUACCAGUUGUGCUGUUAUCCUGGUGUCCUUUAGGAAGACUCUGUACAGUGUAGGAGAUUCACUUACCCAAGCAUUCUGCCACAGGCCACUAGACAAGAUUAUAGGCACCCUAUGCUUGUGAGUUAUUGUCUAUUCCUUGAAUAACUCAAGAUAAAGUAUCUGCAACUUGUAGACCUGUAAGUUCCUAAUGACAGAAAACUUCCCACCUAAACUAUCCAAUACCUUUAACACAGAGUUAGAGGAUUCCCAGAACCAGGCCUGAUAAAUAGUGGUGCCUCUGUACUUCUUGAUACUAUUAAAUGUCUUAGGUUUUCUCCCAGAGUGAAGCAUACGGUGGCCAUGUCUUCCACUGUGCACGGAGUGUUUCCUUGGAGAUGACAGAGCCUUCAGGAAGAGCCUUUACUUCAUGAGUGAUGACUAUCAUAGUUUGAUGCCUUUUAAAGACAUCACCUCAGAGAUGUUUUUUGUGUACUUCUUAGGUCUCCUGGAUUUUCUCUUUGGUCAUCACUUCAUCUUUUAGGUACUCACUAAAGUGUACUAUAACCCAUAAACUACUCUUUCCUUGUAUUUAACCUUCCAUCCUUUGGAGUUUUCUACCUUCUUUUCACAGCAUUCAGAGAUGGAAUGAACUUGGCUUGUGUUGAAUGGGCACUGUUUAUAGUGAGUAACCUCGUAUGUGUGGGUGACCAAGAAGAUGUUGAACUCAGCAAAGCUGUGGCAUUCAUCCUGUGGCACUGAGGCUGCUCCAUACCUACCCACUAGGGCACUCUUCUUCAAGUCCUCAUCCUGAGGAACACUGAAUGUCACUCAGUAGAGAUAGGCAGAUCCCAUGAGUCAUCAUCCUUUCCCAUCUUCCUGUUCAGCAUUAUUGUUUUUAUAUUCUUCCAGUCCCUACCUUUACUAAUUACUUAAGACAUAUAUGUUUCCCAAUAUUAUUCAACAGACUAAUUACCUGAUGUUCCUACCCAGUGCAUGUUACUGCUGUUUAUUAUAUAUAUAGAGAGAGUCUAGCUCAUAAGGAAUGUUUUAUUUUGUUAUUAUUCUUUGGGGAAGGAAACUUAUGUCUAAUGUGCUUAACAUUAUAAUCUAAGAAUAUCAUCAGACUAUGACCUCUUUCUACAUAAACAUUCUUAGUUUGGGGAAUCCUGCCCUAAAGAGAACAUCCAGGAUCCUCUAAAGACAAAGCCCAAGUUUAUUUGAAGAUGGCUCAGGUUAUAAAUUAACAGAGAAUCUUAUUUUACCUCAUUCCUAGUCCUAGACACAUAUAUUCAUUGGUAGUGACUGCUUCUUAUUUUUUCCAGUCCAUUUUUCCACUGAGAAGUAGUAUCCUGAGGAGGUCCAGGUGAUGAAGAAAGUCUCACUCAAAUCCUCUUGUGUUGCAGACCACCUCCACCCCUAACCUAGGGUCACACUAGUAAAGUUGCUACCUUAAAAGUCAUUACCCCUUGUCCAUUACCAAGUCUACUUUUUGUUCCUAGAAUUUUUCCUUCCCACUGAACUAAACUAUGAAUUUCAGUGGAAUAUCAAUUCAUGUUAUCUAACACAUGUAGCUUCCUGAUAAAAUGUUUUCGAUUUUUUUCUAGUGUUCCAUGAUGCCAGACAUGAAGCAUCCCCUGGAAUAUAAAUCACAGUCUUCCAUAACUCUUAACUGAACAGCUCAUGUCACAGAUUAUACUUCUCCUCAAGAAAAACAAAGGCACUCCAUAUAUGUGGACACAGCACUAAGCAAGAACCAAAAGUGGUGUGUUGGAGAUUCUGAGCAAUCAAAAUGCAACCAGACAUGUCCUUGGACAAUAUUAAGAUGGCCUCCAGUGACCUGCUGGAGAAGGCAGACCUGGACAGUGGAGGCUUCGGGAAGGUGUCCUUGUGUUACCACAGAAGCCAUGGAUUUGUCAUCCUGAAAAAAGUAUACACGGGGCCCAACCGCACUGAGUACAAUGAGGUUCUCUUGGAAGAGGGGAAGAUGAUGCAUAGACUGAGACACAGUCGAGUGGUGAAGCUACUGGGCAUCAUCAUAGAAGAAGGGAACUAUUCGCUGGUGAUGGAGUACAUGGAGAAGGGCAACCUGAUGCACGUGCUAAAGACCCAGAUAGAUGUCCCACUUUCAUUGAAAGGAAGGAUAAUCGUGGAGGCCAUAGAAGGCAUGUGCUACUUACAUGACAAAGGUGUGAUACACAAGGACCUGAAGCCUGAGAAUAUCCUCGUUGAUCGUGACUUUCACAUUAAGAUAGCCGAUCUUGGUGUGGCUUCCUUUAAGACAUGGAGCAAACUGACUAAGGAGAAAGACAACAAGCAGAAAGAAGUGAGCAGCAUCACUAAGAAGAACAAUGGAGGUACCCUCUACUACAUGGCACCCGAACACCUGAAUGACAUCAAUGCAAAGCCCACGGAGAAGUCGGACGUGUACAGCUUUGGCAUUGUCCUUUGGGCAAUAUUUGCAAAAAAGGAGCCCUAUGAGAAUGUCAUCUGUACUGAGCAGUUCGUAGUCUGCAUAAAAUCUGGGAACAGGCCAAAUGUAGAGGAAAUCAUUGAGUACUGUCCAAGGGAGAUCAUCGGCCUCAUGGAGCGGUGCUGGCAGGCGAUCCCAGAAGACAGGCCAACAUUUCUUGGCAUUGAAGAAGAAUUUAGGCCUUUUUACUUAAGUCAUUUUGAAGAAUAUGUAGAAGAGGAUGUGGCAAGUUUAAAGAAAGAGUAUCCAGAUCAAAGCCCAGUUUUGCAGAGAAUGUUUUCACUGCAGCAUGACUGUGUACCCUUACCUCCGAGCAGGUCAAAUUCAGAACAACCUGGAUCACUGCACAGUUCCCAGGGAUUCCAGAUGGGUCCUGUGGAGGAGUCCUGGUUUUCUUGCUCCCCAGAGUACCCACAGGACGAGAAUGAUCGCAGUGUGCAGGCUAAGCUGCAAGAGGAAGCCAGCUAUCAUGCUUUUGGAAUAUUUGCAGAGAAACAGACAAAACCACAGCCAAGGCAGAAUGAGGCUUACAACAGAGAGGAGGAAAGGAAACGAAGGGUCUCUCAUGACCCCUUUGCACAGCAGAGAGCUCGUGAGAAUAUUAAGAGUGCAGGAGCAAGAGGUCAUUCUGAUCCCAGCACAAGUCGUGGAAUUGCAGUGCAACAGCAGUCAUGGCCAGCCACCCAAGCAGUUUGGAACAAUGGAUUGUAUAAUCAGCAUGGGUUUGGAACUACAGGUACAGGAGCUUGGUAUCCGCCAAAUCUAAGCCAAAUGUAUAGUACUUAUAAAACUCCAGUGCCAGAGACCAACAUACCGGGAAGCACACCCACCAUGCCAUACUUCUCUGGGCCAGUAGCAGAUGACCUCAUAAAAUAUACUAUAUUCAAUAGUUCUGGUAUUCAGAUUGGAAACCACAAUUAUAUGGAUGUUGGACUGAAUUCACAACCACCAAACAAUACUUGCAAAGAAGAGUCGGCUGCCAGACACCAAGCCAUCUUUGAUAACACCACUAGUCUGACUGAUGAACACCUGAACCCUAUCAGGGAAAACCUGGGAAGACAGUGGAAAAACUGUGCCCGCAAGCUGGGCUUCACUGAGUCUCAGAUCGAUGAAAUUGACCAUGACUAUGAAAGAGAUGGACUGAAAGAGAAAGUUUACCAAAUGCUUCAGAAGUGGCUGAUGCGGGAAGGCAUCAAAGGGGCUACAGUGGGAAAGUUGGCCCAGGCACUUCACCAAUGUUGCAGGAUAGACCUGCUGAACCACUUGAUUCGUGCCAGCCAGAGCUAAGCCUGGGCAGGCUCUGGCAGUGGGAAACAAACUGUUUGUGUGGGUACACAAACCCCGUUUGCCCACUAGCCUUCAGAACUCUAUCUCAGCAUGAGCUCUGCAUCUGAGCACACAGGGUCAUGCAGUUUGGAACUGGUGGAUGGGAAGAGAAAUCUGAAGCCCACAGUGCUUCUUCAGAACAUACAAGGAUAAAGACUGCUGAAUGAAUGGUGGGUCCAUGACCAGUAGGAGGAAAAAAAUUAAAAAUACAGUGUAUUGGGUUUUCAAAGGGAGAGAAGAUGUUGGGGGAAGGUGGCCUUCGUUCAGCUUGUGUCAUAGUCAUCACUUAGGUUAUUUGCUCAGUUUCCUGUGGUUUCAUUGGGUAAGGGGAAAACAAACAAAAAACAUUCAAAGAAUGUAAAAUCAGCUAGCUUCCCGCUUCAUGGACUGUGAGUCAGGAAAGUUCUGCUCAAAUGCCUUCUAUGAGCCACGGCUCUUCUAAAAACUAUAGGAUCUGUUAACUUGAGCAUCCAAUGCUGUACUGUCACCUUAAGCUUUAAGAAUCAUGUGUAAUUCUAGUCUAUCAAAUUAUCAAUUAAUGAGAGAUUUUUAAGGAGUGCUAAGGAGAAAAAAGUGCAGGGCAGAGAUAGAUCUUCAGGUACUGGCUGUCAUUGCAGAACUGCUGCUGAUUCUGACUGCUGUAAAAAGUCUACUUUUAAGUUUCUAAAGUUUCUCUGCCCUUCUGGCGCUUCAUGCAGUUUCCCACCCUGUGAGCCCCACAGAGGGAACAGAUGUGCAGGAAACACUGAUGGGGAAAAUACCAUCUCCUCCUCCCUGGAUAUGACUGGCGCCUUAGCACUGUUCCCUGUGCUCAAUAAACUGUUUCCUCAGUUUUCUCCAGUGUGCUGUACAAAUAUGUUUCUUCUGUGUGCCACCAAUCAAAAAAGGACAGCUUCAGAGUCAUCUUGUGCCUUUAGGAAGCCCAUAUUGCAACCUACAAGUGAGUGAAGGAGCUAGGGUAGAAGACUGAAGCCGCCUACACCAGCCACAGUCACUGCUAGGAUGGGCUGCAAAGCCGCUUUGGCCUUGUUGGCCAUUCUGGCACUCAUUGGCACUUCAUCCUCCUUUGCUGGGCUAUCCUGUACUCAGUAGGAUAUUUGGGAACAUUCCUGGCCUCUAACUGCAAGAUGCCAACUGUACAAUUCAACCCCACCACACUCACCAGGUGUGAGAAAAAUAACUAGAUAUUGCUACAUGUUCUUUGGAGGGACUCUCCUGUAACGUUAUUUCCCCCACACCCCAUCGCCAGACAAGGUUUCUCAGUUCUCGCUGUCCUGGAACUCACUUUGUAGAACAGAUUGGUCUCCCAAUUCAGAGAUCUGCCUGCCUCUGCCUCCCGAGUGCUGGGAAUAAAGGCAUGUGGCACCACCCAGCUUCCUGCUGUAAGUUUAUAUGCCUUCUCCUGUCACACAGGCUGGGUCAUCAUUAACUGCAUGGAACAUGCACAGUGGAAGGGAAUUGGAGCAGGGAAGGUUCCAGGCUUUCCUGAAGGAGCCUGCGUAGUCUUUAAAAAAUGUUUUCUUUUUAACUUCUAUUCUAAUGCUGUUUUAAGAAAACAGAAUUAGAAACUGCUUUUAGUGGAGUUUUAAGGAGAAUAAAAUAGCAAGGGAGGCCAGAGCUGGUUUUGGAAUUGCAGUAGCAAUCAGGGUCCUAGUAUUAAAAUCAUGUCUGUUAGUGUUCAAUAGGGGAAGACUUGUGUGUCCACUGCUGAAGAUAGGUGCUUCAGAUCCAGGCCUAGAUUGUGACCACAGACUUUCAGAUCUUUUCCAGGCUUACCACUGACAGCCAGACAAUGGCUUGGCAAGUUGUGGCUGAACCUGUAUGAGUUGAAGGAUGAUCAGUAGAUGAAGCCGUUUAUUCUCAUGGUGUGUGCCCUUGUACAAGAGAUCUGGACGCAUGACACAAAGCCAGUCAUUGACAGGCUAGACCCAAAGACCUUUAAGCACUCCCAUUUGUUUCAGCUGUAUCACAAUAACUAAUGACUUUGUAGUCAGUGGUACCUGCUCUGAACAAGUACAUGGAGUGUGGGAGUCCCUCUGGGAGCCCAGCAUGGAGUUAGAACACCUCUUUAAAGCCACCUUCUAAGCCGAGCAGAAUGCAGUGGUCUGAGGUACAAGUCAGACCUGAGUGUCAUUGUCCACAUCAUGGAAAAACAAGAUGGCCACCAGGACACUGAAGGCCUGAGGAGACUAACCCUGUUCCCAGAACUCAGAGUUCUGUUUGGUUCUGUUUUUAAUAAGAUAACCUUUCUUUAAUGUAUACAUAUGCAUAUACAUAUACAUAUAUAUUUGUACUUUAAAUACAGAGUACUGAAUAAAAUUUAUGUGACUAUA